AUGUCUUUCGCUAAACUGUUUUCUUUUUCUACGGCAGCCCUGCUGGUCAGGAGCUUGGCGAGCGCCGAACUGACGCCUUACACUGGUACACCACCAGCUCUCCCCGAGAACCGAGCACCAUUCAGCUAUGGAUCCCUCACCACGGGCGGCUCGGCCGCCGACCCUUCCGCUGUUUUCCUCGUGGACAACAUGCCUGAUCUCCGUACUGUUCUCGCGAUGGAUUCCCCCCGCACGGUCUAUAUCCAGGGGAACAUCACUGGCAACGAGAUCACCUCUGCCAAAGAUGGAGGCACAUAUGCAGAUUGUCAGUGGUAUAUUGACAAUAGUCCUUCGAAGCAGUUCAAUUUCACUAGAUACGUGAUGAGUUUGAAUGAGAGCUAUAUGGACAGUGUGAAGCUCGAAAGUGAGAAGGGCGGGACGGUGGAGGGGAUGGACGCUACGGAAUACCUGGAAUUAUUGAAGAGAAUGAACGGUUGGAGGCCACGAGUCCAAAACACUCAAAAAGAAUGGGUCUCAAUCAACGUCAAGUCAGACCUGACUCUCAUCGGCAUGGAUGGAGAUGCCUACCUGAACGGCGUCAGUCUGAUAUUCAACCUUGCGGAUAACGUGAUAAUCCGUAACCUCAAGCUAUCUCCCCCCCAAGACUGCUUCCCUGCCCCGGAAGGCUCCACGUCCUGGAAUGCGCGCUACGAUGCCUUGUCCCUCGUCACGUCCACCAACUUCUGGGUCGAUGGCAACACCCUGUUCGACGGGCCCAACCCUACCGGCCCAGAGCCUCUCAUAUGGGACCACAAAGUCGAUCGCUAUGACGGCCUCAUGGACGCCGAAGACGGCUCCGACAACAUCACCUUCUCGCACAACAUCGUCGGCGAGCACCACAAGUCCCUCCUGCUGGGCGGCGGCCUGGCCGAGCGCGCCCGGAGUCUCGGCAAGAUGCGCUUCAUGUUCUUCGGGAACUGGUUCUCGAACUCGGCAUCUCGCAACCCGCUGAUGCGCUUCGGCACCUUCUACGUCCUGAACAACCUCUUCACGCACGAAGGCGCCUCGACCGCGCCGUACCGGUCCGAUUUCGAGUACAACCUGGGCGUGUACACCGAGUCGCACGUCGUGGUUGGAGGCAACGUCUUUCAGAACGCGGUGAAUGGGUCUGACACGGGCAUCUUCAAGUAUUCGACCCUGUUGGAUGCCACGACGCCUGCGCGGCUCUGUAUUCCCGCGUCGGAGACGGACCUGCCCGAGGGACUGCAAGGCCUCGGAGGUCCGAGUUCGUUGAACGGCGCGGAGGUCGACUUGAAGAAGGAUGCGGAGGCGACCUUUGAGCGUGCUCUCGCAGACCCCACCAACGUGGUCGCGGGGGGUUUGGAAAUCAGCUGUGCGGGCUUCUCUCCCCAGGAGGUCCCGGUUACCCUUUCGACACCUGAGGAGGUUGAGGCGUAUGUGAAGAAGGAGGCAGGUCAGAUGACCGGCGGUGGAAGUUAA